UCCUGACAGAACGCACAUGAUGACGGCAGUCAAACAGAGUGGUGUAUGGGCUGUCUUGCUAUGGCCCUAUUUGCUUGCUGUAAGCAUCCCACUAGACUGUAGGGAUGAGCAGGGCAACAUGUCUCGCUGUCCCUUCAUCUCCCAAGAAAAACUUCUGGACCGAAUCAUCCAGCACGCUGAGCUCAUCUCCCGCAUCUCAGAAGAAUCAUGUUCUUUGUUUGAGGAGCUGUUUGUUCCCUUCCCACUGCGGCUUCAGAGAAACACGGUCGGCUACGCAUGCAUCACCAAGGCCUUACCCAUCCCUAGCUCCAAGAGUGAAAUUCAACAAAUAUCUGAUAAAUGGUUGCUGCAAUCUGUGCUGAUGCUGGUCCAGUCGUGGAUCGAGCCUUUGGUCUACCUGCAGACCACACUAGAUCGCUACGAUAACGCGCCAGACGUGCUGCUCAACAAGACUAAGUGGGUGUCCGAGAAACUGGUCAGUCUGGAGCAAGGCGUGGUCGUCCUUAUAAGAAAGAUGCUGGAUGAAGGAACGUUGACUACAACAUACAACGAACAAGAUCUACUCCAAUACGAUGUCCUACCAGAUAUGUUGGAAUCUGUUAUGAGAGACUAUACCCUGCUCAGCUGCUUCAAGAAAGACGCCCAUAAGAUGGAGAUUUUCCUCAAGCUCCUCAAGUGUCGGCAAACUGACAAAUUCAACUGUGCAUAAAACAUAAUGUGCAACUUUUAAAUAAAACAAUGUCUAGCUUUAAA